CGUUAGGUGAACAAAACUAUUAUACUCUGUAGCAACAGGUUGCGAGAGUAUAAAAAUUUUAGAACAAGCCCCAAAAAUCAGUGGUAUACAGAAGGCUUGCAUAUUUGUUUCACAUAUAGCUAUCUUUAUAUAUAUUAUAUAUUUCUUCUGUGUGUGUGUAUGUCACUGAACUCCUCCUAGACGGCUGGACCGAUUUUGAUGAAAUUUUUUGUGUAAGUUCAAGGGGAUUCGAGGCUAGUUUAGAUUCACAACUUGGUCCACUGGAAAAUGUUUAUUUAACUAAUUUUUCACUUAUAAGUAGUUGUUAAUUUUGGAAUGUUUUACAAUGGAUCCUUUAGAAUGCGCUACCAUCGCAGAAGUUAGAACCUUUUACAUAGAAUUCCGGCAGACUGCGCUGCAGUCGUGACAGAUAUUCAAAAGUAUGUUUGAGUAUGUUAGAUGGCGCUGAGAUCAGAUUCUAAGAUAGCAUAAGUAUAGUUUAAACUAUUAAAGCUAUAGACAUGUGUAUGGUGUAUAGUGUCUAAACAUUGAUACUGCUAUGCUACUCUAUACGGAAAUAGUGAAUAUACAAAACUAAGAUAUAUGUAAAUAAAUAAAACAUAAAUUUGAUUUCAUUUUUUCCUCUUCCGCGAAGACGUGGCAUUUUUUGUAGAAAUAACCUUCUAUGAAAAAUACACAAAGACCAAUGAGGAUUAGUAAUAAAAAAAUCAUGGGCAACAUUUGUGAAGCCACUAUUUGGAGUGGAAAAUUUCAAGGUGAAGUUGUACUUCUGCCACGGACUCCAAUGAUUCCUUCAGGUUCGUCGUUACCAUUUAAACAUUUACAAUUACCUAUCUGCGUGGCAUUUGCGAUGACUAUUAAUCAGGCGCAAGGUCAAACAAUGACGAUUUGUGAAUUAGAUUUAGAAAAUCCGUGAUUUUCUCACGGCCAAUUAUACGUUGCGGGCUCGAGAGUAGGAAAACCAUCGAAUUUAUUUGUUUAUACCUAUCAAGGAUUAACAAAAAAUAUUGUACAUCCAAUGGCAUUACGAUAACCUCAGUUUUGGUAGAUAAUUAACUCUAAGAAGAAAUACCCGUUAUAGAAUAUAUUCAAUCUUAUCACGAUUAAUUAAAACGACUUAAAGUUUUCAUUCAAUACAGCUUCUACAAUUAACAUCUUUGAAAGCAUUCUAAUAUACAUAUUGACACGCUAUCGAUUGGUCGGAUUGUGAUAAAUAUAUAUGAAUUAGAUAUUGUAAAAAGUUUCUAAUAAAAAUUUUCAUCAAAACGGUCUAAUUGUUACAGCUAAUUUGAAAAAGUUUACAGACGUAGGACAUUACAACGUCCUGAUAUAUUAUAAUUUUUUUUUUCAAUAUGUUUCACCAAGAAUGAAGAUGUAUGUGAAUUUAAUUAAUGUGGCAACACUGGAUUGUUGGAUCGAGCUGUGCGCAAGCCAUCAAUGGUGCUGCGAAUGACGAACAAAACAUGCGAGACGUGGGUACAGGAUUCGUCAAAACAGGAUAGUCCCGACGGAGAUUUGCCCUAAAAUAUAUCUAAAAAUCCCAACGAAUUUAAGGCUGAGAAUCACUUGGUUGUUCAACAAAGCGUGAACCGGCGGACUCAAGUUGGCUUAAACGGCCCGACGGUAGUCAAUUCAUAUCGCGAUUGCAAGAUCAACUCUUGCCUCUUAACAGCGGAAACGCUGUCCCACUUUCUUUGCGUCGGGGCGGCUUGCCGCACUUUUGAUGAUCGCGCGAUAUUUAGUCGUAGAGAAGUAUUAAAGCAUAUGCUAUGCCAUCGUAAGUGGACCUAUUUACAGUGCAGCAGUAGUCACAUAGGAAGUGUAAUGUAAAACAACAGAGAUUUCGAACACGUUGACCACAGGGAAUGAAGUAGCGCUAUUGCUGUUACCUCGCCAGUUUACCUAAUGAUGAGCAGGAGUAAGGCCACAUUGACAUCAAUUACCAAAGCAACAACAAUAAAGAAAACGAAAGACACGCUCUCAGACUUCAACCCUACAGUCUCAUACAUGGAUUCUCUAAAACAUCUGUCGAGGGCUGCCAAUGACCAGGAUGAAGAAGAUCAUCGAAAGUAUGCCAGCGAGGAGAUGCGACAUUUCCGUUGCAAAGAACACAAUAACUGCGUUUUCAAUUGUAGCAAAAACAAAUAUUUUGCUUUUCACCUAAGUGACCUAAGCCAGAAGAAACUGAACAUACCAUCCCCGCCUCUGUUUACUGAAAUCGAUGCUAAUAACAGAAUAAAAAUACCGAGGACCGUGAGAGAGUCUGUCCACAGCGAUAACAAACGUUUAUUCCAACAACAACCAAAUCAACACAAUCUCUAUCUCCAAUACAGUAUGCUAGCAGCGAAACUGUUAUGCACGUCAACCACGACAAGUGAAACAUGCAGCUUGACGCAAUAUAAUGCGACUGGAGCAGCGAAUAGUUGGAGUAACUUUUCUGGAAUCGGAAGAUCUAAUUCGGAAAAACUUGACAAUCUCUAUUUACAACAAUACGAUUCCCAGUCUGCUAAUAGAUAUGAUAACGCAUUAAAUGAAAAUACAUCUGAGCCACCAAAAAUGAAAAAAUAUGAUGCAAGGUUCGACGCUACUACUCUGCAGAAAGGCAAUCAUUGCAAUGACAUUGAUCUGGGUGAUAUAGACUCCACCACACCCUUAACUACGUCUAUGGAGGUGCGUGGCUCUAUUCAAAAUACUUCUAUAGAUGGGUUUUUUAAUCGCAAACGUGGAAGGCCUCCAAACACUCGUUUUGUUGAGGUAUACCCAAAUACACAUCAAUCACCACAAGCUAUUUUCACAAGUUUCAAGCUGGAGAAAAAUGCAGCGCCCAAUGAUUCUCUCACUUCAAUAAAUGACAAACAAAUAUUUGAUUACGAUGGUGCUUUUCGUAACGCCGUAAAAAUGCUGGCAAUACCUGCAAAAGUUAGACCGCGUUUUGCGGUUGAUCCACAAUUACCUAUGGAUUCCACCACCGAUAGCACUGUAAAAUUGGAAAAGCAAGAAGAAAAAAAUUUUCCCCGCAUAAUCGCGGAGAAUGACGAUGAUUUCCUCCAUUUAAAUCCUGACGAUGAAGUGGACUUGAAAAGUGCAGAUCAUAAAACAGUGUGCGAGUUCAUGCAAAAGCUGGAGGCUAAAAUGGCUCCGGUAGCACAAAGGCAUACUGAAGAGACAACAACAAUGGAGACAUCGUUGAGGUUUAUGAAACGAGAGAUCGAAGCUUUAAAUGAAGAGCAUGAUAAACCCAGUCAUUAUCGGAAUAAUGUAAUAUUGAACACUCGAGAUUUGGAAUAUAGAGAUGAAUAUAUUCACAUAAUUCCCACCAGUUCUCAACAAACGUCUGUACAACAUUUGAAAGAUAAUGAGUCAGUUAGCUUACCAAGCAGUAGAGAUAACCUGCUGGAUUAUGAAGGCACAAAAGCACAUACUUUCAAAAAAGUUCCAGUUGUUCGCACUGUAGACACCAUUUUUUCAAGGUGCAACGAAAUUUCUAGUUAUCCGAGCAACAGCAAGUUAUAUCGUAAAAACUGCUUUGACGAAGCUACAACAAAACCAGGCAUUUGGAGAACGCAAAGCGCAAGUUGUAAACGCAAAUGCUUACAAGAUGACAAUAAAAGCAUGCCGUACGAGUCCAUAGCGGAAUCCAUAGAAGGUAAUGAAUUUAGUGUGCCUCAAGAUUUAAGUGUGCGCAUUAAAAAAAACAGCCUUACAUCAAAUAUCUGCGGCCAAAAAAAGGAAAAUGUUGUAGCCUAUGAUUUAAGUAUAUCAACGAAGGUUGAUGACGAAACAGCAGUAGAAAAAAAAUCAAUAACACCAGAAGAAGCAGCAAAUAUAAACGGUUUUGACGUUGAGCUCGGUUGGCAGAAUAAAGAAGCAAUUGAUUUGCAACUAAAACACCUGCUUUAUCUUUACCAGAUACCGAAUCAGCUGAGUUUUGAAACGUAUACACAGCUACAAGAUCAACAUUCAUCCGCCAUUGGCAGUACUUUUGUUACACAAGCUGACAAUAACAUAUUCCCUUAUUUGUCCUUUUUGUUGGCUGCGUCAACCAAAUGCCAACCACGGCUAUCAUCAUCAAUCCAACCGCCAACUACCGUAUCUGGUAAUGUUGCCCAACAGCAUAAAGUUUCCUUAGACUUCAACCCCGUAUCACUUUCUGAACCAGAAAUGCCUACAUCAACGAUGACUGACAGAUCAACUCCUGUUACAGCGGCUGCUAUUGCAGCAUUGACUACCGCAAUUGUCGCCCAACAGAAUUUGCUCAAUAUAGUGGAACUUGAAAAGGCUGCAACUCAGCAACGAAACCUCAACAACUGUAAAAAGACAACUACAUCUUCCACAAAUGUAGUGUCCACUACGAGCGCCAGAGACGAAAUUUUGUCAUUCCCUACAUCGUUACGAAUAAAUGAUAAUAUUAAGAAGCCCACCGGCUAUCAAAAGUUUCUCUUUAAAGAGGAUUGCGGUUUUGAGAACUGUGGUUACCGUCAGCGCCAGUCUCACUUUCAUUGCGAUCGUGUCGAUUGCCACUAUAGCUUCUGCGACAAGACCCGAUUCGUGCAGCACAUGGCUCGACACGAGCGCUUGGACACACUAAUGGGCAAAGACUUACAACAAUAUCGCCAUAAUCUGCGGUGUGAUUUUAGCACCUGUGCUUACCAACUGAAUAAAGGGUCUGUCAAAACCAACUUUGGCAUAAACAAAAAGUCGCAUUUUCAUUGUUUGAAAUGCCCAUUUACUUGUACUGACACUAAUAAAGUAGGGGCGCAUCGUCGACUCCAUAAUAAAAUUGAUUAUAUACGAUCAUCAGGUUUCUGUGAAGUUCGAAACACCCAGAACUGUGCCCAGCGUUGUGCAGCAUUUAGUGUAGGGAGGCCUGAUACUAAUUACACAAGAACUGGUGACGAGGUGUAUGAACGUUUGAAGGAUACAUUCUCGGCAGCAACAAGUAGCUGUAUAUACAACAAGAAGUUUACCCAUUUUCAUUGUCUACUGUGCGGUUGUGGCGUGGUGUCGCGCUCCCAAAUGUCAGCGCAUCGGCAGAAAUCGUGUAACACUGUACUUACACACGCGAAUUCGGCAACAGCCACUGCCCCUGUGACGUCGAUAAUAACAACAACAUCGGUAAAAACAGAAACUUGAUCAGCUGCGGUAGUCACCACUAUCACAACAUCAACAACUGCAGCGCCACCCAGAUGAUGGUUUUACACUCACCGAAUCCAUCAAAAAAUUUAUAAUAUUAGGUCAAGUAAAAUAUUCGUUCGGUUUUCAUCUAAGAUAUCAUGUCAUACUAUACGGCGCUGAAAACGUGUUUAUUCGCGAUAAAAGUUUGUCUUUGACAGUUUUUCGAUUGAUUGGCUCAGUACGUUGUGAGCGCUCGUCUAAGAUGGACACCAGCAAAGAGAAAAUUCGCUAUAUUUUACAAUUUUUCUUCGAUCAAGGCGAAAAAGCAGCCAAGGCGGCUGAAAAAAUUAAUUUAGUUUAUGGGCUCGAUACUGUAAACGAACGUGUAGCACAAAAAUGGUUUGCUAGGUUACGGCUGCUCGAUGUUUGGGUGCCACACGAACUAACGCAAAAAAACAUGAUGGACCGAAUUUCCAUCUGCGAAUCGCUGCUGAAUCGCAACAAAAUCGACGCGUUUCUGAAGCGGAUUGUGACUGGCGAUGAAAAAUGGUCACUUACGACAACAUCGAGCUCAAACGGUCGUGGUCAAAGUUUGGGGAAGCUGCCCAGACGGUGGCCAAGACCGGAUUGACGGCCAGGAAGGUUUUGCUGUGUAUUUGGUGGGAUUGGCAAGGAAUCAUCUACUACGAGCUGCUCCCCUACGGCUAAACGCUCAAUUCGGCCCUCUACUUCCAACAGAGGCCGAAUUGUGUUCCACACACGUCUUUGGUGACGCGCCAGAAGUUACGGGAGCUCAGAUGGGAGGUAUAGUCCGGACCUGGCACCAAGUGAUUACCAUCUUUUCCUGUCCAUGGCGAAAGCGCUUAAUGGUGAGAAGUUGACCUCAAGAGAGGCCUGUGAAAAUUGGCUCUCCGAGUUUUUUGCCAAUAGGGACGCAACUUUCUACGUGAAUGAGUACAAUGAAGUUGGCAUCUCGUUGGAAACAAGUUUACAAACAAAACGCCGCAUAUUUGACUUAAAUCGGACAAAUGUACACAAAGUUAUCAUCUUUUGAAAAUUCAAUAAAAAACCGAACGAUCCUUUUACUUGACCUAAUUUUACCAUAGUUGCCAACUUAGUGCUUUUUAAAAUUAAAACUUAAUAUUGAAACUUUUGAUAAAAAAUAAAUCAUAUUUAUCAAAAACGUA